CUAAGAACUCCUGAAGAUUAGACACAGUUUGUCCUGUACCAGUUCCUAUCUUUACACAAGAUUUCCAUACUUAUUAAGAAGACAUUCGUGUUCGGGAUUGUCAAGAUGGACAAGGUGACAAGAUUGGCUUCAGAGAAUGGGAUAGUGAUAUUCAGCAAAAGCUCCUGUUGCAUGUGUUAUGCAGUCAAAAUUCUAUUUUCUGAGCUCAGGGUGAGCCCCACGGUUCAUGAGAUUGACCAAGACCCUGAAGGCAUGGAAAUGGGGAACGCUCUCAUGAUGUUGGGUUGUAAUGCACCUGUGCCAGCUGUAUUCAUUGGAGGAACACUGGUCGGAUCCACCAAUGAAGUCAUGUCCCUCCAUUUAAAAGGCUCGUUGAUUCCAUUACUGAAGCCUUAUGCAGCUUUAGCUUAAACUUACUACUCCAAUAGCUUGUCAGAACAAUAAAUUUGGCUCAAACUAGCAGUGCAUUAAGCACCAUAUGGAAUUGUAUUUAUAGGGUUUAUGUGUGAAGUACUGUGUAGCAUUUGAUUGCCUAUAGUGUGUAAUAUGUUUCCUAUUCUUAAUGAAGUUGACUUUUAAAUACACUCUGUUUUCAAGUGCUUUAUGCAAUUUAACUUGAAUGUAAUUUUCGAAGUUGAGACUUGACAGUUGUUCUCUGCUUCCCUGUUUGACUACAAAGCAAGUAUUUCACUUCCUAUUAUGACCAACAGAAGGGAGUAUGUAGUCCUGGUCCUAGCUGAGGGAGCUUUGAUAUAUAUAACAUCCGUGGAAAUCUACAGCCCUUGAGAGUUGUACAUCAGUCUCAGGAUCCCCAUUUACAUAGAAGUAUUUCCAUAAGCAUUCAACAUAAUCGUCUCAACAAGUACCAAAAGUUCCACCAGCACAGAAGCCAUAGGCAUUUUUACUUCAUCAAUUUCCAGAGAACGUACAUUUGUUUGAGUGCAUGUGUAACAG